AUGGCGAUGAAAUACCUCGGCGCCUAUUUGAUGGCGGUCCUCGGCGGGAAGGAGGCUCCGGAUGCCAAGGACAUCAAGGCCAUCUUGGAAGCGGGUGGUAUCAGCUACGAAGAUGAGAUGAUUGAUGAGGCCUGCAAGCGGAUGGAGGGCAAGCAGGUUCACGAGCUCAUCUCGUCGGGUUUUGGUAAGUUCGCUGCCUGUGGGGGUGGAGGUGGCGGUGGGACUGCCGCAGCUGCUCCAGCAGCCUCAGAAGCCACAGGUGCGGUGAAGGAGGAGAAGAAGAAGGUCGAAGAAGAGGAGGAAGAGGAGGAGAUGGACUUCGACCUUUUUGGGUGA